UGCCGUGUGACUUUCUUUUUCAAUGCCCAUGGCAGCAGUUUGGGAUCAAUUUUGAAAAAUUAGGGCACGGAAUCGACGACUUGCGAUCGGUUUGAUGGGAUGUAAUUGCUUGAUUUCUUAGGAAUAGCAUCGUUGGGCGACUAAAGCUCGUUUUCUACAGUUAAAAAAAUUAUAGGGUUUGGUUUUGCUGUUCGUGGAAAAAAGUUCAUUAGCACGCAUGAAGGGUCCGUUAGAUCGAACGAAAGUUGUGCUUCGGCACUUGCCGCAUACGAUUUCCCAGUCGGCGCUCAUGGAGCAAAUUGAUGCCCGUUUUUCCGGUCGCUACAACUGGUUCUGUUUCCGUUCUGGCAAGCAGAGCCUGAAGUGUCAAUCAUAUUCCAGAGCCUAUAUCGACUUUAAGCGGCCAGAGGAUGUCAUUGAGUUUGCGGAGUUCUUUGAUGGGCAUGUUUUUGUUAAUGAGAAGGGUACCCAAUAUAAAACAAUUGUUGAGUAUGCACCUUCACAGCGUGUUCCAAAGCAAUGGUCUAAAAAAGAUGGACGUGAAGGGACCAUAGGAAAAGAUCCUGAAUAUCUUGAAUUCCUUGAAUUUGUUUCAAAGCCUGUCGAGAAUCUUCCCAGUGCAGAGAUACAAUUGGAAAGGAAGGAAGCUGAGCGUGCCGGUGCUGCUAAGGAGGCUCCUAUAGUUACGCCUUUAAUGGAUUUCAUUCGCCAGAAACGAGCUGCCAAGGGUGGACCCCGGAGGUCUUUGCCUAAUGGGAAAUUAAUGAGACGAGCUGGUGCAUCAUCUUCUAGUUCAAGCUCUAGUAUAGUGAAACGUGGUUCUGAAAAGAGGAUGACUUCUACCAUGUAUGUCCUAAGGGAUAGUGGAAAGAGCACAAAUGUUAAAGAUAAGUCAGCCUAUGUUAAACGAGAUGAUCGUCAGGUUUCUGAAAAGUCUCUUAGUUCAUCUGCUGCAUCUGGAAGUGUAUUACAGGAGGAAGAAAGGGGUGCUUUUGGAGCCUCUGAUACUGGGAAGAAGAAAAUUCUGCUGUUAAAGGGGAAAGAAAAGGAAAUUCCCCAUGUGACCACUGGCUUGACACCUCAGCAGAACUCAUCUUCUGUUAAGCUUGCUUAUGGUUCUGGUGCUGGCAGACAGAAUCAACGACACGAGGCUAGUGGAAGGAUCAUCAGAAGCAUACUCCUUAACAAGGAUACACGCCAAAGUCAGGCUUCUGCUGUUCAAUCUGAACAGAAUCAGACUUUGAAUCAAGAUAAGGACAGAAGACCACCUAGGCCACAAAACAUGCCACUUUUGAAGGACUCAAACGGUUUACCAGAUGAUAAGGUCCAUGGGCAUGAUUUACAUGGCUUCUACAGUGAAAAACAGGAUAAGCGUUCUAGGAAUAGAGACAAACCUGAUCGUGGUGUUUGGACUCCCCUCCGGCGAUCUGAUGGACCACAUGCAAGUGACGAGUCCCUGUCAUCUUCCACUUCUCAAUCUACACAAGUGCUACCAGAUUCUGCAGAAGUAACUCGUGGAGAAGCAAAGUAUGACCUGUCAAAUGAACGUGGUGGUCAUUUUUCUGCUGAUAAUGGCUCCCAUAAACACAGCGGUCGCCGCAUAUCCUCACACAAUGCUAAGGAUGCUGAUGGCCCGUCAAAUUUAAGCGAAGGAAAACCUCCGAAAAAAGGUGUUUCUGCUGGCUAUGGUUCCCAUGAGAAGCGCGUGUGGGUUCAAAAGUCGAGUUCUGGUUCUUAGGUUUGUCAGUAAGUAAUGGAGUUUAAACCUGCUUGCAUCCGGGAAAGUAUUCUUUUGAUCGGAAGUGGUGAUCAAAGCCAAAGCAAAAGCCAACGCAAAAGCAAAAGCAAAAGCAAAAGCAAAAGAUGAUGAAGUGAAUGAGAAAGGAAUAUUGGGUUCCAGUUUUAGGUUUGAUGGACUGCUGGUUGAAGAUACAAUAGAAAUGGAGCAAGAACAGGAGAAGCAAAAAGGUGUUUUUUUCUUAAAACAAAAGAAGUAAGCCCGUAGAAAAAGAUGAUAAUACUACCAGCAAAAGUAUAUCCCUUUUGAAUCGGGAUCGUGCUUGCCCAGCGGAGCUGUCUAUGGCUUGGCUGGUCAGGUUAGCCUUUUAUAUUUUUAAGGUCGCUGACUGUAUAUACUUGUUAAAUCUGGCUGAAAUAGUAAUGUUGGUGGUGUGUACCAUAGUAUUUAUGCACAUAGAUAGAGAGAUGUGUGUUCUUUAUGAGCAUCUUAGUUUGUAAUUGCAAGAAAGCUGCCGGCUUUCGUAUUAUGCCAUUUCUGGAAGGAAAUGAUGAUGUUGGUGUUGGUAAAAA